AGAGCCCAUCAUACAGAUGGGUGUCGUUCAAGGUCUACCGUAGAGGAUCCGGCCGCCAAAAAUGACCUAAGUCUUCUGUCAAUUGAAGCAAGCAAAUAGAAAAACAAAAACCACUUCCCAAAACGAAUUCUCAUUUCUCCUUUCGCUUCAAGAAAUCUGAAGUUUGAGAACCCAAACAAGAAGUCCUUUUCAGCGAUUUCUUCAUUCCUUGUUAAUUGGAAAGUCUGAAAUUGUUCAGAGUAUAAGACCUCCCACAAACUCUCUUCAUUUUCAUUCUUCCCAAAACAAUGCCUUCUUGAUUCCCUUAGAUUUUUCGGAUUCGGCUCGGACCAGCGGUUUUCUUCAUGGAUUCGUCUGUUACUCGAGCUCAAGCCUUCGGACAAGCCGAGAUUAACUGGGACAAGCUUGAUAAAACUAAGUUUUAUGUCGUAGGAGCAGGCCUCUUUACGGGGCUUACAAUGGGGUUGUACCCAGUCUCUGUUAUAAAAACCAGGCUGCAGGUUGCUUCAGGGGAUGCUGUUGAGAGAAAUGCAUUUUCUGUUAUCAAAGGCAUACUGAGAAUGGAUGGGAUUCCUGGUUUGUACAGAGGGUUUGGCACGGUCAUCACUGGUGCAGUUCCUGCCAGGAUUAUUUUCCUUACAGCUUUAGAGACUUCUAAAGUGGCUGCUUUCAAGAUGGUUGAACCAUUUAAGCUAUCUGAAACUACCCAGGCAGCUGUAGCAAAUGGAAUUGCUGGCCUGACUUCGGCACUUUUUUCUCAGGCUGUCUUUGUUCCAAUUGAUGUGGUUAGCCAAAAGUUGAUGGUACAAGGAUAUUCAGGCCAUCAGAAGUAUAAUGGGGGCCUGGAUGUUGCUCGUAAGAUUAUAAAGUCUGAUGGCAUUCGGGGGUUAUAUAGAGGUUUUGGUCUAUCUGUUAUGACUUAUGCACCAUCUAGUGCUGUAUGGUGGGCAAGUUACGGUUCAAACCAACGAUUCAUCUGGAGGGUCGUAGGGAAUGGCACUGACCUUGAGAAAGAAUCUCCUAGCCAGGGGACAAUAGUUGCAGUUCAAGCUACUGGAGCAAUUAUUGCAGGUGUUACAGCAUCCUGCAUCACAACUCCAAUGGACACAAUUAAAACUCGCUUACAGGUCUUGGAACAUGAAGGUAGAAAAACAACCACAAAACAAGUUGUCAAAAGUUUGAUUGCAGAUGAUGGUUGGAAAGGUUUAUACAGAGGGCUGGGUCCAAGGCUUUUCAGCAUGUCAGCAUGGGGAACCUCAAUGAUUUUAGCAUACGAAUAUCUGAGUAGGACUCUUUUCUUCUCUUUGGACUUUAUUCCAGAAUACCAUUCAUUAUUGUUUUUUUUUUGAUAGGUAAAGAAAAUUCAUUAAGAGCCAAAAGGCUAGAGAAAAGGUAUACACGGAGUAUACCAAAAACAAAGGGACAAAACAAGCCUGACCCUUUCUUGGUGCAGAAUACCAUUCAUUAUUGUGAAAAGAGAAUGUAGUUUAGAGUAGCUUGUGGAUUCAAAUAUUGUGCAUUGCUAGAUUGGGAUGUUUGAAUCCACAAGACUCUUCUCAGAGGCAUGUAUAGGCUGCUAAGUAUUUUUCCAUAUUAGGCUUCUUCUUUCUUAACCCAUUAGCUCAUAAGUUGCAUGUAAAUAGCCCUGACUUGAGAUUAGAAAUCAUCAUGGUGGAACCUGUGACACCAUCUAUCAUUAUUAGUUGGUUAACUGUUGGAAAUAUUUAUA